CGCUCGAUCAUUUGAUUGGUUGAACACUCUCCGGUCAAAGUUUAACUUCCGUGUCACGCAGGGAACAUGGCGGAUAAAGAGAAGAAGAAAAAGGAGAGCAUCUUCGACCUGUCAAAAUACAUCGACAAGCCGAUUCGUGUGAAGUUUCAAGGAGGACGGGAAGCUAGCGGCGUCCUGAAAGGGUUUGAUCCUCUGCUGAACCUGGUGCUUGACGGCACAAUCGAGUACAUGCGUGAUCCAGAUGACCAGCUGAAACUGACAGAAGACACCAGGCAGCUGGGGCUGGUGGUCUGUAGAGGAACCUCUGUAGUUCUAAUCUGUCCUCAGGAUGGCAUGGAAGCCAUACCCAACCCGUUCAUACAGCAGCAGGAUGGCUAAGACACAGGCUGCAGCCUGAUGAAAGAUGCACACAUACACACUUGAAUUUUUUUGCCAUUUUAUUUUCUUUUAACCAUGACAUUAAUAGUUAAUACAACAAAUCAGUUGUGUUAAUCAGCAACAAAAAACAUUUGUAUGCACUUCACUUUUAUUUCUGUCUCUUGUGUGCAAAGAUUUGUGUUGUAAAGAGUCCAUAUGUUUGGAAAAUGUUAACAGGACAAUUUUCUUUUUAUGUAGAAGAAGUAAACUUUUUACUAUUCUUUGUUGUUUUGAUAAGAAAAUAAAGUGAAAAUCUAGUAUA